CGUCACGGUCGGUGUAAUGUCCUUGAAAAGUCAUAUCCAAAGGUUGUGUGGCUUGUGGAUCUUAGUCAAAUUUAAUUAAUACUUUAUAGGUUAGAUUGGAAUUAUACACUUGCCCUGAUAUAAAGUGAAUACCGAAAGAAAGUUGACUGGAUCUGCAUGAUUUAAGCGAACUUACGAUUUUAAAGAGGCACAAUGUCUAUGAGCAAGUCGAACCGAAGAUUCUACAGAGUAGACAGUGGCCAUGACUUCUCUGUGUUCAUGGACCAUGGUCAGCGUGCCGCCAGCCAGAACAGGUGGACCUUUGAAAUUGCGUGGGAGGUUGCUAACAAAGUUGGUGGGAUAUACACUGUGAUCAGAUCCAAAGCCUAUGUGUCAACGGAGGAGAUGGGAGACCAGUAUUGUCUGCUGGGACCGUACAAAGAGCAAUGUGCCCGGACGGAGGUGGAGGAGCAAGAGUUCCAAGUGGGCAACCCCCUGCACACGGCUGUGUGCCGCAUGCGCGAGAGAGGCUUUCAGCUGCAUACAGGGACGUGGCUGGUAGAUGGUAAUCCGCAGUUGAUUCUGUUCGACAUCGGCUCUGCGGCUUGGAAACUCGAUGAGUACAAACAGGACCUAUGGACAUCCACCAACAUUGGCAUUCCCCAUCUAGACAUCGAAGCCAAUGACGCUGUUAUCCUAGGUUAUCAGGUUGCAGAGUUCAUUGGAGAGUUUAAAAGAGCGGCAGAUGAGUUAAAUGCAGGGCCCCCGAGGAUUGUAACACACUUCCAUGAGUGGCAAGCAGGAGUGGGACUGAUUGCGCUGCGCACUAAACACAUAGACUGCGCAACCGUGUUCACAACCCACGCUACACUUCUGGGCCGAUACUUGUGUGCAGGAAACACUGACUUCUACAACAACCUCAGCAAUUUCAGUGUGGAUGAAGAGGCUGGCAAGAGACAGAUCUAUCACCGAUAUUGUAUGGAACGAGCUGCCUCCCAUCUAGCCCACGUGUUCACAACCGUCUCAGAGAUCACGGGCUACGAAGCAGAACAUCUUCUCAAGAGAAAAGCCGAAGUCAUCACUCCAAAUGGACUGAAUGUUGUCAAAUUCUCAGCCUUACACGAGUUCCAGAACCUUCACGCCAAAGCCAAAGACAAAAUUCAUGAAUUUGUCAGAGGACAUUUUUAUGGGCACUACGAUUUCGAUCUGGAGAAAACGCUUUACUUCUUCACAGCUGGAAGAUACGAAUACACAAACAAAGGAGCCGAUAUUUUCAUUGAAGCAUUAGCUCGCCUUAACCACUAUUUGAAGAACUCACAUCCUGACGUGACCGUGGUCGCAUUCCUUAUUUUUCCUGCCAAAACUAACAACUUCAACGUUGAGAGCUUGAGGGGCCAUGCUGUCACCAAGAGUCUUAGAGACACCAUCAACGAGAUACAGAACAAGAUGAGCAAACAGAUGUAUGAGGUAUGCCUCAGUGGCCGAAUGCCUAAUCCUGAUGAGUUGCUUACAAAGGAAGACAAGGUGAAACUGAAACGGUGUUUGUACGGACUGCAGCGCACAGGCCUGCCACCAGUAACAACACACAACGUCACAGAUGACUACAGUGACCCAGUACUGACGGGCAUCAGACGGUGCCAUCUCUUCAACACUGUUCAUGACAGAGUCAAGGUGGUAUUUCACCCGGAGUUCCUGUCAUCGACAAACCCACUGUUUGGCCUGGAUUAUGAGGAGUUUGUGCGAGGCUGCCACCUGGGCGUGUUCCCGAGCUACUACGAGCCGUGGGGUUACACUCCAGCCGAGUGCACUGUCAUGGGCAUCCCUUCCAUCACCACCAACCUCUCAGGGUUUGGAUGUUUCAUGCAGGAACAUAUAGCUGACCCUUUAUCGUACGGUAUCUACAUCGUAGACCGGCGCUACAUCAGUCUGGAGGACUCAGUGAAGCAGUUGGCACAGUACAUGUACGAUUUUGCACGGCUCAACCGACGCCAGCGAAUUAUCCAGCGCAACCGAACUGAGCGUCUCAGUGAUCUGCUUGACUGGAGAAAUUUAGGAAUUUACUACAGACAGGCCCGACAAAAGGCAUGUCAGAUUGUGUAUCCUGACUUUGGAGAUGAUGACGAUGAAGUGUCCGGACGUAGCAUCAACUACCCUCGCCCGUUCUCUGAGCCCCCAUCACCUGCUGCCUCCCGUCACACCACACCCGCAAGCUCCCGGCACGGUUCCGACGAUGAGGAUGAGGUUGAUGAAGAAAACGAACUUGCUGAGCUCAAUAUUAACAAAUGAGACGAGAGCGAUUGAGAAGGGCGUGACCACCAGAUCAUGACAACUGCCUGCAGCUACUUGCCCUUACAUGAUCCUUGGUUUCAACGUAAAAGUGGUUCCUGUUGCUGCACCUAUUAGUAAAGCGUAAAUGAUUUCAUUUAGCAUGAUAUUGUUGUAACUAUUACUUAUAGCAUAAUCUCCUUUAAUUUCUCAGAUAUAUAUUUUGUUUGUAUAGGUGGAAUUGAAUUUAUACUUAGUGUUUGUGAAUUUUAUGUUUGUUUUAUUAAGUUGUUGAAAGAGAAAACAGUUUAUUUUUUGAAAAAUAGAUAGUUUUUGUAUAUGUUGAUUGUUGAAUAGAUUUAAAAGUGCCUUAUGAAAUAAGACAAUAGUGAAAUACAUAUUUAUUGUAGUAAUAUCGAAGUAGAAUGCAUUUUAAAACGCAGUGUUCAUAAUAUUUUUGUGAAUUAUUUUAAUUUUAUUUGAGUUUAUUUUGUAUCAAUUUUUAUUGCUAACUUGAGCAGUAUUCAAGUAAAAAUUUGGAAAGUAAAAAUCACUAAAUGUUUUAUGAAUGAAAAUUGUUUUGUUUUAAUUGUUGUGUAAAAUCGGGCCAAUAAGAUUUUCCUCUGUUCCUUAAUGUGUUAUGGAUAAGAAUGAUUUGUCCAAGGAAUUCCUAGUCAGAGUUCAACAAAGUCGUGAGAAUGUUUAUAGCCAUAGUUAAACAUUGGGGUCGUAGAACAAAGAGCUAGGUGGCUAUAAACAGGAAUUGGCUUGCUUGAACUAUAACAUAUGGCAAUUUAUAAUAAAAAUUCAUCUGUGUUAGUUGAGAACAAUAUAUAAUAGAAAUAUGAUAGAAAGUAGUUGUGAUAUUUAGAUAUAGAUAAAAGCACUUUACAUUAAAAUCAGAUGGAUAUUUCUUCUUAUUGUAUGUAAACAAAACAAAAGAUGUUGUAGCUAAUAUUUAUAAUUAUUUUAUUUUAAUGGAGUGUCAUAAACCGGAUGAUUAAAUAAACAUAAGAAUAUUUUUUUCUGAGGGAUUCCUAGUCAGGGUUUAACAAAGUCACUUGAAUGUAUGUAGCGAUUGUUAAUUGAUCUUAUAAUAAAAAAAUGCUAGAAACUUUAAUUAUUUGGUUGUGUUCAAAUUAACAGAAAUGGUUAUAAUUAGCAUUUGAGACUCGAACUAUAAAAUUUAGCACAAUAUAACAUUUUAAAUUUUGUUCGGGACAAAAUGCAAUGGAAAGUAAAUAUAGAUUAUUUUAUAGAUGAAGUAAAAAAAAGCACAUAAUUAUAUUAAUACAAAACAUUUGAUUUUCUUACUAAAUAAAAGAGAAAACUUAAUAAUUAUAAUAAAUAGUUUUUGAUAGAACGUUACAUAACUGUUUAUUAAAGAAAUACGAAGGUGUGUUUAGAAAAUAGAUAACAGUUUCAAAAUGAAUUGCUGCUUCCUGGAACUCGGCUUCCCCCUGAAUUCCUUUUUAUACACAAGGAAACACAACUAUUUUAUAAUUCAAGGACAAAGCACUACAGCAGUAUGGUACCUACUGAUUUGUUACACCUGUACUUUAGUAUGUUCUUUAUAACAAUUAUCUGAGUAUUGUUUCGCCUUUGAUUAUUAGAAAUAUUACUGUCUAGUAAUAACUGUAUAAUUAUAUUUUGCAAUUUUAUUUUAAUAUCCAAAGUUAUGGCUUUUUUAACUAUGCCUUACCAUACUACCAAAUUACUGUUAUCUGUUUUAGCAUUUUUUCAUAAGGAGAAAGCCAUUGAAAUUCUAUUUAAAAACUGAAAUGAAAUAUGUAUAUAUAAAUAGUAUAUAUAAAUACAAACCAUUCGUAAUCUUCUAUACCAACAUCAAACUGGUGCUCUAAAAGAGAGACCAAAACUACUAUCAAGGCUAUUCUCUCAUUGGCACUCUAUUGGUUGACUUGGGCCAUCCUCCAGUUCACUGUAAACCAUCAAACCAAGCUACAUCAAAAGCGGCCAGGCCCAACAUGUGGCUCAGGUGCUCUGAAGAGUCUGAAAUUUGCAACAGGGCAGGAAGUUCCAAAUUUUCCUCAUUUACUUAGUAGGGUUUCAAGUUUCUUUGUCAUCCAUUUGGGUUCCUCCUUCAGGUUCAUUAGGUUAUAAGUCUAAAAAUCAUCCAUUCUCAAAAGUUGUGUCGUAACAAGAGUCAUGAAUAUGGAAACUGCAUUUUAACUCCUCCCCUUCUGAUCAUCUUGUUCCAAUACGAUCAGGAUUUUGAGUUUUUGUCUAAUUCUAAGGAAUUCACACAUGUGUAGCACAUCAUGCACUUCAGUGUCACAAUAUUUGGACUUGGGAUUAAGCAAGUUUCCACUUGCAAUACAUAUAUGAAUAAAAUUAUCUAUAUUCGGUCAGAAACUAAAUAAGGGAAAUUAAGUCUCGCCAUGGGAGCGGUCGACCCACAAUUCCAUAUCCUGAUUCUAUUGGCCACUUGGGCCAGUCUUACCCCAGUUAUGCUUCUGGCACAAGCAAAUUCAGUGGCUUCUUUCUUAACCAUCUCCAUGUGGAAGGUGAAAACGUGAUUGCGCUUCUGUGCUAAAAAGUCCAUCACAUUGAUUUCUGCCACCACUCUCUUACCAUAUUAUCGUGUAUAUAACAGUUUUUUUACAACAAUAAUAAUCCAAAAUGCUUUGACAUGAACAUUUUUAUAUGUUAUAGAAUGAUUAACACUAAUAAUACAAUCUUUAAUAAAUCAGUUUAUCUAGGAAACUCGUGAAUUAAAUGUGGUACCACGCAAAAUCUCACAAUUUUGGAGUAAUUUGACUACAAUUGCUAUUGUAUUCCAGGGUGGCCAAUAAGCAAUUCAUUCAGUCAAAGUUCAUAAGAGUGUGGUGACUGAUAAAAUACCUGACCUUCCACCGAUAUGUAUGCUUGUGUUCAAGUUGUAUUCUCGUUUAGCUGCAAAAAGUUGUUAGAAUCCAAAUUUUCAGAAUCAAUAGUUUUAUACCACAUUACCUUUUUGAAACUAAAAAGAAUACUUGCCAGUUGCAAUCAUUGGGAGUGUUGAAGCUCUUCAGAGCUGCAAAACAAUAAAUGAAUUACAAGCUAUAAAUGUUUUAAAUUGGUAUAAGAAGUUAACCAGUUAAAGGCUCAAUAUUUAACUCUUUCGUUGUUCCCUUUGUUGUUCUGAAUCGAUAUUGUCAGUGUUUCUAUUUUUUUGUACCGGAUAGGUGACUGUUAAGGUAUUUUUACUUGCUCUCAUUCAUUUAAAUGAAGUACAAAACACUUGAAAAACAUUGAUUCCCUAUAAAUUGCAGUAGCUAGGGGAAAUAUAGUUGCUUAUGCUUACGUACAGAAUGGAAAAAGUACUCUUUUUCUAAACACACCUCGUAUUUGCCCUUAAAUAUAGUCAGAUGAUUUUUUUGUUAGUCAUCAAUCCUAUGUUCCAAAUUAGGUUCUGUACCAUUUUAUGUCUACAAUGAUUUAAUUUUAACUGUUACGUUUUUUGAUAAUUUAAUGAAUAUUUCAUUAAAUUAUCGUGGUUAUUUAUUAAAUGUUGUUUACCUAAUAAAACUUAUACACAUAAUAGUAGACUGUGUGAUACUAGCAUUAUCAAAAUAAAGCAACUAAAACACCUAUUUUACUGAUGUAUAAUUUGUUUUUCACUUUGUAUAAAACAGUGUUAUCAAGUUAAUGGAGUUUAACCCUUCUGUGGUUCAUUCACGUUGCAUCAGCCACAAUCACGCUAACAUAAAGAAUUUGCCAACACAUCGGCAGUUUUAACAUUGUUGUAAACAGCCAGCUAUAAUUAUUGUGUCCAUACUUCACUGAGUACGUUAUAUUUGGUACUGGUACAAAUUUUGUGUUCGCUUCUUUUUUCAGCAUCUGAGUUACACUAAACAACAGCUGUGGUAACAAUUUAUGCAUAUAUUUGAAAAAAGUAGGUAAUUCGUAAUUUUUUUGUGGCAUGUAGUUUUUCUUUAGUGAUUUUGAAAAAAUGAAGUGAAAUAUAACUAGUGAAAAUAAGUUUAAAUUACGUGGUUAGAAAUUGUUAAAAUCAGAUUUGAACUGUAAGGAAUGUUCUGAAAAAUUAUCUACAAUAUUGCAUGUUUUCUUUGUGAUAUAGUAUUUUUUAGAAAUAAUCCGGCAAAUCUUACGAAACUGGCUGAAGCAUGAGCAUGAAGCGUAUUAUAGUGAACCACUGAAAGAUUAAUGUAACUAUUUUCUCCCCUAGUUUUAUAUGAGGUAUAAAGUAUAGCAUCUGUAAUAAGUUUCUCAAACUACUUACGGACAAAACGAUAAUGAAACUGUGGCAACCACUAAAUGUUGAAAUUGAAUGGAGCGUUCGUGUAAAUAAUAUAAGAAAUAUUUUAUGAUAUAUUUAUAUUGAUGUAGUGAAUUUGAAAAGCUUUAAUUUUCUGUUAUUAUAUUACUGUUGUCAAGGCUGAUCUACAAGUAAUAAGGUUUACCUUACUUUUCUAUAUUCUGCUCUAUGUAUUUAGAGGGCAAGAAUUUUUUUAGUCGUUGUGUCAUCUAGAUACGAGUGUUCCCUAAGUCUUGAUGGUGUAGUGAUUCAGUCAAUGUUUAAAAUGCAUCUUGACUUGUACAAAACACAAACAUUAGCGUGUAUAGGGUGUGAAGGGUAAUUUGUACUUUUAGAAGGUUAUUUGUGGAGUGCACUGGUCUUCGUCUGCGUAUCACACGUCACGCUUUCAAUGUCACAGUGUUGCUAUACAAGACAAUUCAUGUUUCAGCUACAUUUCAUAUGGUAUUUAACUUCACUGGUUUCAGAAUAACAUUGUUGUCGUUUAAAGUAUCGUUAUGUCGAUGUUUUUUGGCUUUUAUACGAUUUCAAUAAUAGUGGUCAUAAUUUUUGAGUAUUAUUGUCUACUUGAAUUACAUCAUUGUUGUGUUGAGUACUCGUGUUCUAGAUUUAUCUUAUAUUUUUUAUAUUAAAAAGUGAUUUAUGGGUAAAAUAAUUUAGUAGAACGAUUUUUUAACGAUCUUUGUUACACAGUGGAGCUUUGUUAUAAUAUUUAUCUGCCUGUACGCCCUCUUUAAGGUUGUGCAGUCACAUAUUGGUUGGAUUACCGUUUUUAAAUUUCAUAGUUGCAGUUCUUAGAGAUACCGAUCUGUGAAGGCAGGGAGAACUUAAAAAUGUCACGUUUAUUCCAGGAUGAAUAAAGUUGUUGGCAUUUGGAGGUCAUUUGAGGAUAUUUUAAAAUUAUUUGUUCGAAGUAUGACUGUACUGACAUGGGUUUUACAUUAAAAAACAUGUAAUUUAUUUAAGUUAUAAUUUAUAUACAUAUUGAAGUAUAGUAUCCUUAUCUUCAGCUGUCUUUCCUUGAACUUUAGUAAACACUUUCCCAAAAUGAGAAUUUUGUGUACCUAUAAAUCCUCCUGGAGUGGUCAGAACAUUUUUAUAUUUUCCCUAUCUUUAAGGAAGGUCUGUAACUGUGAAUUUUUAUAAACUGAUAACACCACAUUGUGAGAAACUAUGGUGAGACAAUUUCAUUUUUCUUCCAUAUUUGCUUUCCUUCACGAUUUCCUGCUUACUACUGAGGUCAACAGUUGACCUUUACCCAGGCCUUUAACAAGCCUUUAAUGCUUGUUGGUUCCAUCUUUGAAGAGAUUCCUCAACGCCAAAUGUCCGCAGACUUGUGAUGCAAAACUCAGCAUGCACUGACUUGCUGCCAACAGUGACUCGACUAAAAGUGAAUGGUCCGCUCCAUUGACACUUACACUCAUACCACUUCCCCAGCAGCAAAGAGUAAAUUUCUAGAAACCCCCCGCUUGACGGACCAGCACAGCGACAGUACCAGUGUUGUACAGUCUUAGCCAAAAAUAUUGAUUUGCAGAAAAAAAAUUUGAAAUAUAAAACUUUCUGAAACACUCGUUUUAUAAGCAGGAAAUUGUUAUAACCGGAUAACUUUAAAUGUGGAUCUGAUUUUGCAAUGAUCUAAUUUUGUUCUGUGAAACAUAAAAUUAAUGUUACAAUAAUGUGGGAUUACUACAUGCAGGAGACGUUAUGAUAGGGUUCCACUGAGUGUAUGUUGCUAGGAUACGUUAUAUGCAAUAAUGAAUAGAAAUGAACAAUGACUUAUAACCAAUCAAAAGUUUCUCUACUUAUUGUUAAAAAUUGUUAUUGUUUAAAACAUUUGAGGUUUAUUUUUUAAGUGAAUGUGUAUGUAAAUGUUAUUAUAUACAGGAUGUUAAUUAUAAUAAUUAUGCCAAGGAAGUUUAGUAAUUUACUAAUAAUAUAAGAAUAUAAUAUAAUAUGUGGAAUUUCACUUUUGGUAGUAGUUUUAUAUUUAUUUUUAUACAUAUUAAUUGCUUCAAAAUGUAAUGGUUCAUAAAUCUGUUUUGUGAGGUUAUUGUUAUUCAAUAAUUAAAGUUUGGAAUAAUCAGGUAAAAUUCAAUUAGGUUAAAUAGGUUCCAAAUGAACCGAAUCCGUCUUCCAGAAAAUAUACUUAUCAAGCAGAUUUGUUAUUGGUAUAGGAAUUGUAAAAGAUUUACUUUCACAAUGUUAUGACACUAUAUCACUGCAUACGUAAAAAAAUAAUCAUGGGAAAUCUUAAGAAGUAAUGAUGUAACAUACUUCUUCUAAGCACUUACAAUUUUAGAUUAACUUGUUUAGUAUACAUGUGACAUAGUGUUAAUGUAAUUUGAAAAUGCCGCUAAAAGAUUUGUUUUGCAAAUUUUCACAAUUUUCUGACACUGCACAGAAAAGUUACCUAAAUCUUACUCCUCGAAAACUUUCAGGCCUAGAAACAGCAAAAUAUAGAAUAUAAAUUAUUAAUCUGUUCUUGAGAUAAUUCCCAGCUUCUAAUUAUCCUAUCCUCGGAACAGACUACUUAGAAGCUUACAGAUACAGAAACCUUUGACAAAAACACAGGUCUUUCAAAACUGCACGCACAACCUGAAAAACAAAACAUGAACACAAAACUGACAUACUGAUACAGAUUGUAAGAAAUUUACCAAUCUCACAUAUUUUCCUUCAUUCCUUAACCAAAUUUAGAGAUUGUGUGACAAAACAGCUUAUCACCAAACAGGAAGUACUAUGUACUAGACAGUUGACAAUGUGUUAGGCUAUCAUAGAAAUAAUCGCAUGUAACCCCUGUACCAUGUAGUUACAACUCUUACAAUCCGUACAAUUUUAAUUAGUUCAUUCAGAUUAAUAUGAACAAAUAGUUUUAACUCUAAGUUUAGAAAAUAGAUCAUUAAUAAAGAGGAUGUAGCCAUGUGGCAAACUGGAAGGUCGUGUUCUAAAGUUUAGAAUAAGGAUAUUUUGUUCCAUAAAUACCUCUCCAAAAUUCUUUUCUGAGCUAGCGCUCUCCAAAUAAUUUACAGAUAAAUCGUAUUUUGAUAAGUAAUAUCUACUCUAUUCAGAGACAAGAUUCGAGAAUUGGGGUUUCCUGAUAUUUUACUGUUGGGAUCUUAAAGACACCAUUUGACGAGUGUGAGGAUACAUUGAGGGGAAUUUUACCUUAAUAUAUUAAAGUAAAAUUCCCCUCAAUGUAUAACUGUGCUGUUGACAUAUGUUUGAUUCCAAAUUAUGACUCUUGGCUCUACCAUCGUACUGUGAAUAUGAGAGGAAUAGAUUUAUGUGUUAUAUUUUUGGCUAGGAUCAACUGUUUUUGAGAAAAUAGAGUUUGAAAGCAGAAGCCUGUACUUGUGACUUCUCCUGCCGAUCACUGCCGACAUGACUGCCCAAGGAAGGUGGUGCAGUGUCUUGUGGUGUUGCCGCUAUGACUAAUUACGCACCGUCUCAUCUACGUACUAUUUAAAAAGUAUACAAUUUUUAAAUACCAUCCGACCCAAUAGUAUAGUACUGUUAAAAAGUAUAUAAUUUGUAUAUACUACCAUAUAUAUUGUUAAGAAUAGCUACUGUUUAGAAAAUUUAUAAUUUUUCAAACUUGAAGGGCUCUAACUCCGAAAGGAUGCCUUCUUCUAGAAAACGUAUAUAUGAGAACAGUUUUCUUGUGAUUUCCAGAAUAGUUCUUAGAAGUUUGUCACUUGGGUUUAGACACACCCUGUUAAAUCGUUAGCACUAGCCAGAAGUAUGACAACAAUGUCUUCAUAGAUUUAUCCACCAUGGGUCACUGACGCAAUGUGCAAAAUAUGUCUGUAGUAAGAUAUAAGAACACAUGAAGAUAUCUCUUAAUGCUCAAGUAAUCAUCUUAUAAUUUCUUCUUAGCUUAAUUUAUCAUGUGUUAAAUUGGUCAGAAUUAAUAACUAAUAAUAUGUAGUUUGUUAAUGAUCUAUUUGCAACGAACUAAAUAUGUACAUUCUUAAACACAAACUGCUUUUUUUUUUAAAUACCAAAGAAAGUUAAAUUUAAUGGUCUCUACAAAAAGCAAUAGUGUUUAAUAUAUGUUUAGAAAUACUUAAAAUAUAUACAUAUUGUAAUUAACAAAAUAUUUAAAAAAAUAUGUUUGUCUUGUUUGAAAUAUGAAAGAUUUUUGCUAAAUUGUCAAUAAUUUUACUAUUUAUAUGUAUGCAGGAACUGAUUAUCUCUAUUCAAAUAAUACCACUCAUGGCUGUAUUUUUUUUCGAAUUCCCUCCAAUACUGCAACUUGAAGAGCGCAGACCUGAUAACCGUACAAAGAACCCUUGGAAAGACAAUAUGUUCAUGCUGUAUUUUGGAUGUGCAAGUACAAUUUUUUACAUUUGUGUCUCUUUGAAAAGUGAAUUUAUUAAGACUCAAAAUUCUAGGAGGAAAUAAUUGUAUUUUGUGUUAGUUGUUUGAAUAUUAAAGUAAAAGAUACACUUUAUACGAAAAUCUAAAAAACGUACCACUCAUGGCUGUAUUUUUUUUCGAAUUCCCUCCAAUACUGCAACUUGAAGAGCGCAGACCUGAUAACUGUACAAAGAACCCUUGGAAAGACAAUAUGUUCAUGCUGUAUUUUGGAUGUGCAAGUACAAUUUUUUACAUUUGUGUCUCUUUGAAAAGUGAAUUUAUUAUGACUCAAAAUUCUAGGAGGAAAUAAUUGUAUUUUGUGUUGUUUGAAUAUUAAAGUAAAAGAUACACUUUAUACGAAAAUCUCAAAAAUGUACCACUCAUGGCUGUAUUUUUUUUCGAAUUCCCUCCAAUACUGCAACUUGAAGAGCGCAGACCUGAUAACCGUACAAAGAACCCUUGGAAAGACAAUAUGUUCAUGCUGUAUUUUGGAUGUGCAAGUACAAUUUUUUACAUUUGUGUCUCUUUGAAAAGUGAAUUUAUUAUGACUCAAAAUUCUAGGAGGAAAUAAUUGUAUUUUGUGUUGUUUGAAUAUUAAAGUAAAAGAUACACUUUAUACGAAAAUCUCAAAAACGUUAGGAGGUAAAGUGUUUAAAGCUUGUAAUAUUUUUCUUAUGGCUACAUCAGGCGUAUCUUAACUCCCAUUCUAGAAAGAUAAAAUUAUCAAAACAGUAAAUAUUUUCACAAAAGUGACUGAUAAAUUUUUUAUAUAUAGCCACAUUAUAUGUAAAAGCUAUCAGUUAACACUAUGCUAGGUGCCACUUGCUCUCACAGGGUUGUUUGAAAAGUAAGUACGGUUUUAGUAUAAAUAUUUGGGUCACUUUUAUAAGGAUUAUUUUGUAAUGGAUUAAGAGGAACUUUAUUUAUGAACAUAAAAUCAGACACUAGCAUAUGAAAAUUUUGUUACUUUACUAAAUAGUCAUUCAACAUACUUUGUUUAGUGCCCAUAGAUAACAUUUGUCCAGUUUUUGGAUCCUUCAACAGUUAUCACUUGUCUGGAGUUUCUUUCAACAUGGUAUCACUUUCAAUCUCCUUGUGGUGAAGAAAGAUUAUUCACAACUCAAAUUCCUCCCUUUUUAACUGCUCAACAGAUUAAAUAGUUCUACCACCUUUCCAUUGUUUUCACCAUAUACAAUGGAUUGGUUCCACAGAUUUGACAAUGAUCAUCACCGGAUUUCAUCUAUUUUGCUCAUAAAUCCUGUUACUUCACUGUGAGUCAACAGGUUUUAGCAUUUUUAACAAUGAAAUAAACAAUGAAAGCAAUCGGUUAGUACUUUAGUGUUGUGUGUGCAAACUCUAAUAGUCAGGGAAUGCGAUGUAUCUAUUGCAGUAGGAGAGUAAAUGGUACUUACUUUUCAAACACGCUUCAUACAUGUGAUCACCAGCGUUGUGGCUCUCGCACUCAUAUAUCGUCCUACAUUGUUAUGGUUCACAACAACAUAAAAUCGAUCAGGUAAAGUUGUGGCGGAGAAGCUUUUUCUUGCACUUCCAAAUUUUUGAUUGAGUGGUUUGCGUACUUGUUUUUCGGUGGGUGUCGGAAGACACUUAGCAGGAAUACAUUUCACUUGGUUGUAAAUUACCAAAGUGAGCUAAUCAAAAUGACACAUUUGUAGUGCUUGUACAUAUUCAAAAUGCAGUCUGAAUGAAGGAGUAAUGUAUAGAAACAUUAUAUUUUAAUAAACUACAUGUAUACUGUUGUGAUUAUUAUACUUUUCAGUUUAAUUUUUACAAUUAAUUCCAUAUAAUUCUUGAAACUAACUCUUACUGUUUCUUAGUGAGCUGGUAUUACCAAUACAAGGUUUCAGGCCCUCUUCGGGUUCUUAAAAAAUAAUUAAUUGUUGACCAAUCGUGUGAUUCGGGUUUUAAAAUAUUGUGAACUACGGAAAAUAGGAACAUGUUAUUUUGAAUGAUAUUUUUACUAAUAGCGAAUUUCAUGUUAACUUUAAGUGUGGUUUAGCCCAAAUGGAAUCGAUCAACAUACCCAAAUGCUUGUGUACACUCUAUUCGCUAAGCAGUGAUGUUAUUGGGUUGUGACUGUUUCAAAUGUAAAGUGAUCAAAGAUUUGGAGAAAUCAGAUGUUAGUUGUAAGCAUAAUAUUUUAAUUAUCCAUAGCAGAAAAUUAAAUUUUUUAUUAGAAUCUUCUGUUUGUGAAAACUGUGAUCUUUAUAUAAUAUAUGAUUUGUUGUUGAUGCCUGUUAAUUAAUUACUUAUAAUUUUGUUGUGUUCAUGUUCCCUGACCACAUUAAGUGCAAUAAUUAAAAAAACAUGCAUGUUCUGUAUUUGGUGUGUUACGUUUUGUGGACAGUAUUUUAUUAGUCUAUUUUUAGGCAUUUAUAUCAGCUGUUCUGUCUGUGCCAUAAUUUCAUACCUUAUAAGUCAAUUCUGUGAGCAAUAUCGUAGUAUCAAUUUUGGAUACUUAUUGCUGUUUUUUGUGUAAACAUGUCGAAGGUUGUUAAUUAGAUUGUUACAAUUGUUGCACUGUAUAUCUUUAUUGUGUUUUGAGUACAUAGAUCUAUUUUAAAAAGAA